AUGGGCUUGGGGAGUUUUUAUGGCCGGUAUAAGGGCUCAGAGACAGAGCGACCCCAGAAGGGACCGCCGCGAGCAAUGACUGCGAGCCCGGUGGCGUCGGUGAUUUCGAGCGAUGGGGAGUACUCGACAGCAGGCACAGUGCUCAGUCAAUCUCGGAACGCCCGGCCGCAGACAUUUAGGAAACAAUCGUCGCGGCCUAAAACAAUCUACCAAUUAGCUCACCCCGCGUCCCAUGCACGUCAUAAGCGACUGAGGCUCCGUCCCAAGCUUCUUCUGCAGCUACAGCGAGUAUCACAAACCCCACGCCCCUUGCCUGUCCUGGAUGUAUUACCGUCGACCGUAUUUUUACCUAGAUUGUCGCGCAAGUUCCCCACGAUUUUUCGAGGCAAGAAGGGAUUAGGCCCAAAUGAUUUGAUUAUCGUGACCAGCGAUCUCUAUGAACGGUCGGGUGGGGACAUUGCCGACAAGUAUCUCAGCUCGGACGAGGAACACGGCGAACAUCGUGAAGUCGUCGCAACAAUUUGCCAACUUCUCAAGGAGGAUGCGUUGUCGAAAGGGAAGGCGGAAAUUUGUCUCAAUUACGGCCCGGUAUGGGAAGCGACACCCCUUCCCAAUGGAUCCUACGAGUUCGUGGCCAACACCGAAAAUGGUAUUCAGAUCCUGCGAUGGGUGCUUCGCGGAGCACGGAAUCGCCGCGUCUCUGCCCCCCCAGGGACUACGCCUCAGGCGGACACAAAACGAUUUACUUUCAGCGUCAUCAACCCUAACACCCGUCGUCACCCGGUCAUCGCGACUAUGGCUCGUAAUCACCUGGAAAUCUUUGAUGAGUACGCGAUGCCCACGGCAUCCGGACUGCCUCUAUCGCCAACGUCUACGAUGUCUGUGAUCAGCGAUGAUUCAGAAAUGGACGCCUCUUUGGACAAGAAGGUCAUUGAGACGGACGAUAAUCUGCGGACGUUGAUCAUCAUCACCAGUAUUUGGGUGGCAUUCAGAGAAGGCUGGUCGCAUAAUUUCACUUAUGACGAUUCAGCCGUGACUUUUAACGCGGGGCUCUCCCCGUCUCGACAGCCAUCUCCAUCUGCAGCCAGAGCCGAGAAUGAACCGAUACCCGCUGGACGGGAUAAUCGUUCGGAACGGCUGGUAUCGAAUGGCUCGAAGAACCGUGCAUCGGUGCCAAAUGGCUCAUCCUCCCAACCAAAUGCACCCUCAGACCGGUCCAUAGCAUAUGGUAGUCUGACUAAGCGCUCGAAUUCAACCGGCGCAGCUUUUAUGGAGCGAACCAACCGGCGUGCUUCUGGAAUCACUGGCCGACCCAAAAGACAUAGUUUGCGUUCCAGUCCUCGCGAAUUGGACCAGAAUGGAAACAGCCCAGUGGAACAAAGUAUUAGAAGUCCCACAAGGCAGUCUGCAUCCCCAGAUCCGCCACUGGAUAGCUCGCGAGCUGAGUCGAAGCAGCUCCACAAGGAGAUGCCGACGCCGGCUGAGCAGUAUUUUUGA